AUGGCGGAUGCAAGCAAUCGAGGCAUUGUGGUGGUCUCUGGCGGCAGUGCCGCAAACAACCUUGUAGAUGUCUUCAAUGCUGUCCGGGAAAGCAAAGACUGUCUGCUGAGCUACAUCAUUCCAAUCAGCGACAACGGUGGAUCUUCGUCAGAACUUAUUCGAAUCUUUGGUGGGCCAGGAAUCGGUGAUGUGCGAAGUCGCUUGGUGCGUUUGAUCCCGGACUCGGCUGCAAAUCCGGAGCGUGCGGCCAUCAAGUCACUCUUCAACCAUCGUUUGCCUGCACAGGCUGCAACGGCAGCGCACGAAUGGCUGACCAUUGUGGACGGAACUUCAGGCCUUUGGCGAUGCAUCACUCCUGCAAAGAAAGAGUUGAUUCGUUCAUUCUUCAAUAUGUUGAAUCUCGAAAUCCUCAAACGGGCCCGGCCGCCUUCCUCCACCUUCGAUUUCACCUCUGCAAGCGUGGGCAAUCUAUUUCUCACGGGUGCACGACUCUUCAGCGGCAGCUUCGAGAGUGCCAUCUACCUCUUGGGAAGCAUUUGCGGCGUGCAGUCAGAUAUCGUGCGAAUCAUUCCGGCAAUCAAUUCAAAUUUUUCUCAUCAUAUCUCCGCAACUCUCGAAGACAGCACGGUCAUCGUGGGACAGAACAGCAUUUCCCACCCUAGUGAAGCGACAGCUCUGCAGCCCGAUCGGGGCUCUAGGCCGAGACGUCCAAGCCUUCUCCUUGCCGAUGGGGAUGAUCUCGAAGCUACAAGCUCUGAUACAUCCGACGCUGUGUCAUACGAAGAAGAUCACCUUCCGGGAUCUUUGGCGACUUUACGAAACAAGAACAUUGCAUUCAGCAAGGCGGAAAAUGAGGAUCUUCCCUGCCGAAUCAGCCGAAUUUGGUAUAUAAAUCCAUACGGACAGGAGAUCCGGCCUCCUGCCAAUCCGCGUGUUUUGGAAGCGCUUAGUGAUGCACAGGCGAUUAUUUACAGCAUUGGCUCUUUGUACACUUCCAUUAUACCCGCACUUAUACUUCGGGGGGUGGGCAAGAGUAUUAUGACAAGCCCAGCACGACACAAGAUACUCAUUCUGAAUGGGUCUUUGGAUCGUGAAACCGGACCUCCAUCAAAUCCCUUCCUGGCUUCUGAUUUCGUCGAGGCUAUUGCGCGUGCUUGCGAGGAGAGUCGAGGGCGACACUACCCAGGUACAACGCAUGCCCUUGACGACUCAUCCGCGUCCCCGGCAACCAUUCGUCCACAAAGAUCAAUCCCAUAUACUUCUUACGUGACUCACAUCCUGCAUCUCGACGGACCCGGAACCCCCAAGGUUGACCGGGAGCGGCUGGCAGAGAUGGGUAUUGAAACGCUGCGCCUGUAUGGGCGGAAAAUCACGACCAACACGGGGGAUCAAGAAAUAUGUGUGGGCAUGAAAUACGAUCCGCAAGCACUCGUACAAGCGCUGGAAGUAGUUCUCGGUAAGAAAGGCGAUGCGAUGGUACGCGGAGGACUAGGAAGCGGAUUGAACAGGAGAAACACGCUGGAUCCCGGCCGGCGCGAUAAGUAA